AUGCCGCUCCAGAGGGACAUCCUAGAGGAGGUGUGGACAGAGAACAGGUUUCAGGACGAGGCCGGUUCCUCCUCCUCAGACCGGCCAGAGAAGGUUAACUGUGUGCAAUUACAGCUCCUCUACCUCGAGUACUGCCAGGCCCGCUCGCUCGCUCGUCCCACCCUCAAAACUCCUCGAAGCGAAAUCGUCCAGAAACCAAAGAAGAAGAAGGAAGCGACCAAUGGCGUGCCAGAGGCCGAGUCCAACGGGGCGGAGGCCAAACCCAAGAAGACCAAGAGCAAGAAGAGCGAGGAGGCGUCUGGAGACGAGGGACUCGCCGCACAGAAUGAGAAGAAGGUGAAGAAGAAGAAGCCGGAGAAGGAGAAGGAGAAGGAAAAGGAGAAGGAGAAGGAGGACCCGGAGAAGAGCAAGGAGCCAAAGAAGAAAGCCAAGAGCGUCCCGAAGAAGAAAAAGGGUACGUUCCAAGGUUCGGACACUGAGGAUGACGAGGAGGAGGAGGAAGAGGAGACGCCCAAGAAGAAGACGAAGAAGAAGACGACGACGAAGGACAGCUCGCCGCCCUCAAGCACCACCAAAGAGAAGAAACCCAAAUCCAAAGAUGAGAAAGACUCUGAUGGGAAAGAUAAAAAGUCUAAAUCAAAAGACAAAGAUAAGAAGAAGGAGCCAGCCGCCUUGUUCCAGAUAAACGGAGACAAGGACGCCAAGAGCAAGAAGAAAGCUGCUCAGUCAGACAGCGACGACAGCGAGGAGACAACAACCAAGGCCAGCAAGUCUAAGAAGAAGCCCAGUGCCGGAGCAGCAUCGCUGUUCCAGACGGCCGAGAGCAAGGACAAGGACAAGGACAAGGACAAGGACAAGAAGACCAAGAAGAAAGGAAAAGCCGAAGAGAGCGAUGAUUCCGACUCAGAGAAAGAAGAGAAGUCCAAGAAGAAGAAGGGAAAAGGGAAGAAGAAGAAGGAGCGAGCUCCGUCCCCGGAGAUAGAGUUCGACGACCUGGAGGAGUUUGUGAAUCUGCCGGCUCCGCAGGGGCAGACGGUGAAGUGCCGACUCACCCGGGACCAGCGGGGGAUGGACAAGAGCAUGUACCCCACCUACUACCUCCACCUGGACAACGAGAAGAAGGUAUUCCUGUUGGCGGGUAGAAAGCGUAAGAAGUGUGGAACCUCCAACUACCUCAUCUCCAUCGAUGCCACAGACCUAUCGAGAGGCGGGGACAAUUUUGUCGGAAAAUUGCGGUCUAAUCUGAUGGGGACCAAGUUCACGGUGUUCGACAACGCACUGAACCCAGAGAGGGCUCUCCCAGACCUGUCCAACGCACGCCAAGAGAUGGCCGGCAUCAUCUACGAGACCAACGUGCUGGGGAUGAAGGGUCCCAGGCGCAUGACCAUCAUCAUCCCCGGGAUGGACAAGAACUGCGAACGGGUCGCCGUCCGGCCACGCAACGAGUACGACGGGCUGCUGAUCCGGCACCAGAACCGGCGGAUGGAGAACCUGAUCGAGCUGCACAACAAGACCCCCGUGUGGAACGAGGAGUCCUCCUCCCACGUGCUCAACUUCAACGGUCGCGUCACCCAGGCCUCCAUCAAGAACUUCCAGGUCGUCCACAGCAAGGACCUGGAAUACAUCGUGAUGCAGUUCGGCCGCAUCGCCGACGACAUCUUCACGCUGGACUUCAGCUACCCCAUGUGCGCCGUUCAGGCCUUCGCCAUCGCCCUGUCCAGCUUCGACGGGAAGAUCGCCUGUGAAUAGAAUGGCCGGCCUCGCUCGG